CGGGGCUUGGCCGGCAGCGGCGGCCGCCGCGGGCCGCCAGACCCAGCCGGGGCGGACAGCAAGUGAGACGGGGAGGCCGGCAGGACCAUGGCUUCUAUCGCCGAGCGCACCUUCAUCGCCAUCAAACCUGACGGAGUCCAGCGGGGACUGGUGGGAGAAAUCAUCAAGCGCUUUGAGCAGAAAGGAUUCAAACUGGUGGCCAUGAAAUUAAUACAUGCUUCUGAAGAUCUCCUGAGAGAACACUACAUUGACCUAAAGGACCGGCCGUUCUAUGAGGGUCUGGUGCAGUAUAUGCACUCUGGACCUGUUGUAGCUAUGGUGUGGGAAGGUCUUAAUGUGGUGAAGACUGGAAGAGUGAUGCUGGGGGAAACUAAUCCAUUCGAUUCAAAGCCUGGCACUAUUCGUGGUGACCUCUGUGUUCAAGUUGGAAGGAACAUCAUUCAUGGGAGUGAUUCUGUAGAAAGUGCUGAGACAGAGAUCAAUUUGUGGUUCACUCCCGAAGAACUGGUUGAUUACAGGAGCUGUGCCCAUGAAUGGAUCUAUGACUAAAACUGAGCCUAUACCUUCUGAUAUCCUGUGAACAGCUGCUAGCCUCUAGCUGAAAGCCCUUCAUAUAAACUGGUAGAAACCUGUCUCAGAAAUCCAUGAGAUUGCUCUGUUGUGAAUAUUAAAUACAGCCAGUGAUUGCUGCUGCUUUGGUUAAAGAGCUGUCAAGUUAUAGAUGGAAUUGUACUGUUUGAAAAGCAUUGUCUGGGGGUGAGAGAUAAGAGAUUAAAACACAGGCCACACAAUGCAUGUAUUUUCCUGAAAUACUCUGUAGCAAAAAAUCAUAUUUUGGUAA